ACACCCAUAAAAAGGUUCAUAAAAAAACAUUUCAAAACUUUUCCAUAAACCAUUUUCAUAUUAGGGUUUUAUCUUGAACUCGCAGUAUCCAUUACCGCCCACAACAAUGUCUGAGCUCACAUCUCCUCCUCCGGCCGACCAAUUAGCCGCCGUCACUCUCGACUCCGACGAGAUCCCCAAAGCUGAAUUCUCCGACAGAGUCCCGAUCCACUCCAUAAUCCGCCGCGAAGACGGCGGCUCAGGAUUAGCAGGUAAGAAAGCAAGGGUUGGCGGAUGGGUGAAAACCGGAAGAAAAGCCGAUAAAGACGCAUUCGCUUUCUUGGAACUGAACGACGGAUCCUGCGCCGGAAACCUCCAAGUUAUCGUCGAAGCUUCGCUUGCAGACCUCGGACAACUCGUUCUCACCGGAACUAGCGUCGUCAUCGAUGGUCAUCUCAAACUUCCUCCCGCCGGUACUAAGCAGAAAAUCGAGCUUCGCGCUGAUAAGGUUCUGCAUGUAGGUCCGGUUGAUCCUGCCAAAUAUCCUUUGCCUAAAGGGAGACUCACUCUUGAAUUCUUACGAGAUUUCGUUCAUCUUCGUUCGCGAACCAACGCGAUAUCUGCUGUUGCUCGAAUUCGGAAUGCUCUUGCAUAUGCUACACAUACGUUUUUCAACAAGCAUGGAUUUCUUUAUGUGCACACGCCAAUUGUGACGACGAGUGACUGUGAGGGUGCUGGUGAAAUGUUUCAAGUGACAACUUUGUUUAGUGAAGCAGAGAGGUUGGAGAAGGACUUGAUACAGAAUCCUCCUCCAACUGAAGCUGAUAUUGAAGCUGCUAAGCUUGUUGUUCAGGAGAAAGGGGAGGUUGUUUCACAAUUGAAAUCUGCGAAAGCUAAUAAGAAGGAGAUUAGUGCUGCUGUGGAUGAGCUUAAAAAAUCAAAAGAGAAUGUAUCAAAGUUAGAGGAAAGAUCUAAACUUCAGCCUGGUAUUCCUCGGAAGGAUGGAAAGGUGGAUUAUACUAAAGAUUUCUUUGCCCGUCAAGCUUUUUUGACUGUUUCUGGUCAGCUUCAAGUUGAGUCUUAUGUGUGUGCUCUUAGUAGUGUGUAUACGUUUGGCCCGACCUUCCGUGCUGAGAAUUCUCACACUUCAAGGCAUUUGGCUGAAUUUUGGAUGGUAGAACCUGAAAUUGCGUUUGCAGACUUGCAGGAUGAUAUGAACUGUGCCGAGGCAUAUGUGAAAUUUCUGUGUCAGUGGUUACUUGACAACUGUCUUGAAGAUAUGCAGUUUAUGGCUGACAAGAUUGACAAAGGUUGCAUUGAUAGGUUGAAAUUGGUUGCCUCCACCCCGUUUGUUCGACUUUCAUAUACAGAAGCCGUGGAAAUACUGGAGGAAUCUGUGAAGAAUGGUAAGAAAUUUGAGAAUGAAGUAAAAUGGGGGAUCGAUUUAGCUUCAGAGCAUGAAAGAUACCUUACAGAGGUAAAGUAUCAGAAGCCUGUCAUAGUCUAUAAUUACCCAAAAGAUAUCAAAGCAUUCUACAUGCGCCUCAAUGAUGAUUCAAAGACAGUGGCUGCUAUGGAUGUUCUUGUUCCAAAGGUUGGAGAGUUAAUUGGUGGAAGCCAAAGGGAAGAGCGAUAUGAUGUCAUUCAACAAAGAAUAAAGGAGAUGGAUCUGCCUGUUGAGCCAUAUGAAUGGUACCUAGAUCUGAGGCGGUACGGAACUGUGAAACAUGCUGGAUUUGGUCUUGGCUUUGAAAGGAUGAUUCUUUUUGCCACCGGCCUGGAAAAUAUUAGAGAUGUGAUUCCCUUCCCGCGGUACCCUGGCAGAGCAGAUUUAUGAUUAUUCGUGACCAAUUACUAAAAUGGCUACUAUAAUUUCCUUGCUGAAGUCAUAGUUAAGUUGAAAACAGAAAUUAUUUUCAUAUAGACCAUAAAUGUCAGUCUCUUGUCUUUAGGUGGGUUACAGUCUUCUACUUGGCAUUUAUUUACUUUUGAAAGAGCUGGGUUUUUGGAUGUUAAACCCCUUUUUCAUUUAUUUUAUUUCUGCUUUUGUUUUAUUUAUUUUAAUAUAUAGCAUUGAAACUACUUGUUUGGAAAGUACCUGCAAGUCACAUUCCAAUUUACUUGCCUGGCACCCGACUGGUUCAAAAUGAAUUAUUUUUUGUUUUA